AUGGCCCCUACCCUGUUCCAGAAGCUCUUCAGCAAGAGGAACGGCCUGGGCGCGCCCGGUCGGGACGCGAGGGACCCGGAUUGCGCGUUCAGUUGGCCUUUGCCAGAGUUUGAUCCAAGCCAGAUUCGACUGAUUGUAUAUCAAGACUGUGAAAGACGAGGGAGAAAUGUCUUGUUUGACUCCAGUGUUAAGAGAAAAAAUGAGGACAUAUCAGUAUCGAAACUCUGUAGUGAUGCUCAAGUUAAAGUGUUUGGGAAAUGCUGCCAGCUGAAACCUGGAGGAGACAGUUCUUCCUCUUUAGAUAGUUCCAUGACUUCAUCUUCGGAUGUAAAAGACCAGUGUCCUAAGUAUCAGGGUUCUCGGUGCUCUUCUGAUGCCAAUAUGCUUGGAGAGAUGAUGUUUGGCUCAGUAGCAAUGAGCUACAAAGGAUCCACCUUAAAAAUUCAUCAGAUCCGUUCCCCUCCACAGCUCAUGCUCAGCAAAGUUUUUACUGCACGUACUGGCAGCAGCAUCUGUGGAAGUCUCAAUACGCUUCAAGACAGUCUUGAAUUUAUUAAUCAGGACAACAGUACAUUAAAGGCUGAUAAUAACACAGUCAUUAAUGGACUACUUGGAAAUAUAGGUCUUUCACAGUUCUGCAGCCCCAGGCGGGCAUUCUCUGAACAGGGUCCGCUCCGCCUGAUCAGGAGCGCCUCUUUCUUUGCAGUUCACAGCAACCCAAUGGACAUGCCUGGAAGAGAACUGAAUGAGGACAGAGACAGUGGCAUAGCACGCUCUGCAUCUCUCAGCAGCUUGCUUAUUACACCAUUUCCCUCUCCAAACUCCUCACUUACCCGAAGUUGUGCCAGCAGCUACCAGCGACGCUGGCGACGUAGCCAAACAACAAGUUUAGAGAAUGGGGUAUUUCCUAGAUGGUCUAUAGAAGAAAGCUUUAAUCUGUCAGAUGAAAGCUGUGGCCCUAACCCAGGAAUUGUGAGGAAAAAGAAGAUUGCAAUUGGGGUAAUCUUUGCAUUAUCCAAAGAUGAAGAUGAAAGUAACAAGUUUAAUGAAUUCUUUUUUUCACAUUUUCCUCUGUUUGAAAGCCACAUGAACAAAUUAAAGAGUGCAAUAGAACAGGCUAUGAAAAUGAGCCGGAGAUCAGCUGAUGCCAGUCAGAGGAGUUUGGCAUAUAAUCGAAUAGUUGAUGCACUAAAUGAAUUCAGAACAACAAUUUGUAAUCUUUAUACAAUGCCACGAAUUGGAGAGCCUGUCUGGCUCACAAUGAUGUCGGGGACUCCAGAAAAGAACCAGCUUUGCCAUCGAUUCAUGAAGGAGUUCACUUUUCUAAUGGAAAAUGCUUCAAAAAAUCAAUUCUUGCCAGCACUCAUUACUGCAGUUCUGACCAAUCAUCUUGCCUGGGUCCCAACAGUCAUGCCAAAUGGACAACCACCUAUAAAAAUAUUUUUAGAAAAACAUUCCUCUCAGAGUGUAGACAUGUUGGCGAAGACUCAUCCAUACAAUCCACUCUGGGCACAACUGGGAGACUUAUAUGGCGCUAUUGGCUCUCCUGUACGGUUAGCAAGGACUGUGGUAGUUGGCAAACGACAAGACAUGGUCCAGAGGCUGCUUUAUUUUCUUACUUAUUUCAUAAGAUGCUCUGAGCUUCAAGAAACCCAUCUUUUAGAAAAUGGAGAAGAUGAAGCCAUUGUUAUGCCAGGCACAGUAAUUACUACCACUUUGGAGAAAGGGGAAAUCGAAGAAUCUGAGUAUGUGCUGAUCACAAUGCAUAGAAACAAAAGCAGUUUGCUCUUUAAGGAGUCAGAAGAGACAAGGACUCCUAAUUGUAACUGUAAAUAUUGCAGUCGUCCACUCUUUGGGCAGCAUACGGAGAAUGUUUCACGACAAGAGAGAGAAGAUAUUCAGAACAGCUCUAAGGAGCUGCUUGGAAUUUCAAAUGAGUGCCAAAUGAUUUCUCCUAACUGCCAAGAAGAAAAUGCUCCUGAUGUUAAACAGUACAGAGAUAAGUCAAGAACUUGCCUUGAUUCUAAGUUAGAAACAGUUGUCUGCACAGGAUCUGCUCCAGUAGACAGAUGUGCAUUGUCGAAGUCAGGCCUAGACCCAGCAGAGGAAACAUGGCAGAAUGAGGAGUUGCUAGAUUCAGGUAAUCACACAGGCAAAGUGUUGAGAUCUGCAGGAAUGGUUGUGGAAAAAAAACCUCCAGAUAAGCUUGUGACAGCUGCGUUUUCUUGUGAGGCAACCCAGACAAAGGUUACUUUCUUGAUUGGUGAUUCUAUGUCACCUGACUCAGAUACUGAACUCCGGAGUCAGGCAGUAGUGGAUCAGAUUACCAGGCAUCACACCAAAUCACCGAAAGAGGAAAGAGGGGCUGUUGAUCAGCAUCAAGAAAGUAAACAAACAACUAAAUCUGAAGAGUCUGAUAUACCGAACAUAGUAUCUGGAGAACCCUGUGAACUUCCUUGCUGGAAUCAUUCAGACCUAGAAAGCAUGAGUUUAUUUGAUGAAUAUUUUAAUGAUGAUUCAAUUGAAACCAGGACUAUUGAUGAUAUUCCACUUAAAACAAGUACAGACAGUAAACAACACUGCUGUAUGUUAGAGUUUUCAAAAAGAUUGUGUACAAAUAAUAGCAAACCAAACAAUGAAUUUUGCAAAUGUGUAGGAACAGUUCACCAAGAUUCAUGUAAAACCUGUUUUCCUCAACAAGACCAAAGAGAUACACUCUCCAUUCUUGUCCCCCAUGGGGAUAAAGAGAGUUCAGAGAAAAAAAUUGCUGUGGGAGCUGAAUGGGACAUUCCAAGAAAUGAAAGUUCAGAUAGUGCCCUUGGGGACAGUGAAAGUGAAGAUACAGGUCAAGAUGUGGCCAGACAAGGAAACAGUUAUUAUGGCGGAGAGCAGGAGGAUUGGGCAGAAGAAGAUGAGAUACCUUUUCCUGGGUCGAAGUUAAUUGAAGUGAGUGCUGUUCAGCCCAACAUCGCCAACUUUGGGAGAUCCUUGCUAGGUGGCUAUUGCUCUUCUUACGUCCCUGACUUUGUUCUUCAAGGAAUUGGGAAUGAUGAGAGGCUCCGUCAGUGUCUGGUGUCAGAUUUGUCUCAUGCGGUGCAGCAUCCAGUAUUGGAUGAGCCAAUAGCAGAAGCUGUCUGUAUUAUAGCAGAUAUGGAUAAAUGGACUGUUCAAGUGGCCAGUAGCCAGAGACGAAUGACAGAUAAUAAACUGGGAAAGGAAGUGUUGGUUUCCAGUCUUGUUUCCAAUCUGCUUCAUUCCACUCUUCAGCUUUAUAAACAUAACCUGUCUCCGAAUUUUUGUGUAAUGCAUCUUGAAGACCGGUUACAGGAGCUGUACUUCAAGAGCAAAAUGCUGUCUGAGUACCUGAGGGGGCAGAUGCGUGUUCAUGUCAAGGAACUGGGAGUGGUUCUAGGGAUUGAAUCCAGUGAUCUUCCUCUCUUGGCUGCUGUAGCAAGCACUCACUCCCCGUAUGUUGCUCAAAUACUACUUUAA